AUGACUAGCAAUCAGUUCAACAUCGGUUUAAGUAGCGAAAGAAAUUCCAGUCGUGUUUUAAGACCACCAGGCGGUGGCCAUUCAGAUAUUUUCGGGAUCAACGACAACGAAAUUGCAAUCACUCCACACAAAAGGAGGAAUCAUCCACAAUCUACCAUCGGCAGUUGUUUCGCUAAUGGUGACUCAGAACCUCACACGAAACUAAAUGGCUCUGAGGCACAAAUUGAGGAAAAUGGCAAUCAGAAGAACUUAGAAGAAGAGGAAAAGACUGAAUUAGAUGGAUCUGAUGAGAACACGGCUCCGGAGGAGAUUACUAAAGUGAAAGAACCAGAGAAGGUGGAGAAAAUUCCAGCUAGAAAUGGGCGUGUUCCUCCGGGAGGAUAUUCCACGGCUUUAUGGUAA